AUGGACGUGCCGCCGGUCAAGCUGUCGGAGCUGCUCCGGCACCCGGACGACCUCGACAAGAUCGCGGGGCUCAAAGCCGAGUUUGCGCGCAAGAAGGCCGCCGUCGACUCUCAGCUGCGCGGUGGCCUGCGUGAGCAGCUCGAGACCACCCAGGCUGGCAUGAAUGGCCUGACCGACGGCCAGAAGACGGUGCAACAGAUCAAGGACGAGAUGAUCAAGAUCGACAAGAUAUGCUCCGAGUCGCAGAACAUGAUCACCGAUUUUGCGACCAUCAACCUCGUGUCGCAGGCACAUCGGAACUUCGGCGCCGUCGAGACCAUGCGCCGGAACCUCGAGACCUUUAACGAGCGCCUCAGCGGCAUCCAGGAGAUGCUCCGCCAGGACGACGAGGACGCCGAGAACAUGCCGAACCUGCUAGCCGUACACUACGAGCUGACCCAAUUACGGAACAUUCGAGACGAUGCAAUCGAGCAGAUUCAGCGCGCUGACGACCCGGGCUUACAGUCGACACUAGAAGACUAUUUUGAGCGCCUAGACCAGGCGAUUGAGUGGUUCGACGAGCACAUCAGCCUGAUCGCGAGGAGCUUGAUCAACCUUGUUAUUGCGGACAACACGAGCCUGGUAGUGCGGUUUGCACUGAUAAUAGAGGCGGAGGAGAAGAGCGACCAGAGGGUGCUUGCGCUGCAAGAAGCACUCAAGGACCACAAGGAGAUGGCGACGCGGUUCCAGAGUAUCACGGACGGCGCCAAGACGGUACGCGGUUACAAGGACAAGUUCCUCGAAUGCAUCAGGAAGAUCGGCGAGGGACAGUUCGAGGCGAGCAGGGAGGAAUUUAUGGAUGACCCAGAGGUGCUGGAGAAGAGUCUGCGGUGGUAUUUCAACGACCUCAACACGGUCAGGCUAGGCAUGGUGCAGCUGAUGCCGAAAAAAUGGAAGAUGUUUAAAACUUGGACAAACAUUUACCAUGGCAUGAUGCACGAUUUCCUCAUCAAUAUUAUCGACGACCCCGAAGCCAGCUCGGCGCAUGCGCUGGAAAUCGUCGGCUGGCCCGAGAAAUACUAUCGCAAAAUGAACAAGCUUGGCUUCAAGCAGGAGGAGCUCACACCACACGUUAUCGACAACCGCGAAACUGAACUUGUGCGCGACUUCCGCGCGCUCAUCAUCAAGUUCCUGGACGAGUGGAUUGGCCGCAUCUGGACGCAGGAAACCAAGGAUUUUGCCGACCGCAAUGUCGAAGGUGGCAACCUGGACCAGGACGAGUACGGCUACUUCCGGAACAAAAACCUGGUCGAUCUCUGGCGCAUGUUGCGUGGGCAGAUUGAUGCGGCCGGCAACUCGAAGCGCGCCGACGUGGCCGAGGGCGUGGUGGACGCCAUGUUCCAGCGGUUGCGGCAGCGCCAACAGUCGUGGCAGAAGAUGCUCGAAGACGAAGCGUCGCGGUACGAGACGGACAAGGCGGGAGAGGGCCGGUUGGCGUACCUGGUCGAUUUCAAGAAGAAGUUCGGCACCCUCGUGACGCCGCAGUACAUGGACCGCGCCGAGGCCGAGGUGGCGGUUCUGCGCGACGGCUACCUCGACCUCAGCACGUGGUGCAUCACCCGGUUUGCGCAGCUCGUGUUCUCGGUCGACUUCAAGACGGUCAUGCCGGACUUCUUCACCCCGCGCUGGUACACCAGCACCGCCAUGGCGCGCAUGGUGGCCACAUUCGAGGAGUACGUCGGUGACUACCGUCAAGUGCUCCACCACUCGCUCGUCGACAUCUUCAUCGAGAUUUUUGCCGACGAGCUGCUGAUCCGGUACCUGAUGUCGGUGCGCAACAAGGGUGCCAAGUUCCGCCGGUCGGAUAUGUUCCAGGACAAGAUCUUUGACGACCUCAAGACGGCGUUUGACUUCUUCAACAGCCUGCCGAACCCGGCGGUGGGCAACUCCAUCAAGGAGACGUGGCGCGUCACCGAGCCGUUCCUGCAGCUGUUGUCGGUAGAGAAGGAGCGCGUCCCGGAUACGUUUGAGGCGUUCAAGACGGCGUACUGGGAUUUGCAGAUUAGUUGGGUUGAGGCGGUGCUGCGGUCGAGAGACGACUUUGAGCGGAGCAUGUUGAAUGCGGUCAAGGCGAGGGCGGCGCAGAUGGAUGUGGUCAGGGGGCCUGAGACAAUAAUGAGCAAGGUUAAGUGA